CGGUUUCAUCAUGCCCGAGGACAUAGAGGUGCCCAGAGUACCCAGGUACGUGCCUAGGUACCCACCAGGCCACCCAAACAGCGUAAGGUGCCAGCCAGCCUACCUCUACUAUGUGGUACCUGCACUACAGUACGCUAGGCACGUACGGAGCACACUGGCAGUGGCAGGUACCCAUGCCAACAGCUUCGCCAGAGCUUCAUGACCUACCUACCUCCCCCCGUCUGUCGCCCUCCACAACCCAUCCUCCGUCCAGCCCCUUCUUAACCCUUCCGUCUUCCUCCUACUUCAUCAUCACUAGCAACCAUCAUAGCUUUCCCUUCAACCUAUCUGGUUCAACCGUCCUUAUAAUCUCACCUCGGGCCUCUCGUCAGACGGCCCACGCAGUACCGCAGCUUAUCUCAAGUGCUCUCUAUCUGCCGAGCUAUCUAGUCCUGUGUCGUCGUCACCACCCCCAACACCUUCAAGAUGAGGAUCGCCACCUCAGCGCUGCUGGUUGGCGCCGCCUCCGCCAUAAACUUCCAGCAGGACGCCCAGCAUGUCAUCGGCGAUGCUGCUGAUAAGGUCAAGCAGGUCGCCUCUUCCUGGGCUGACAAGGUCAAGGAGUACGAGGCCGUCUUCGGCGCCAUGACCUCGGACGCCAAGGCCCUUUGGGAAGAGGUCGAGAUGCUCGUUCCCGGCGCAUUCGACGCCCUACCUCCCCUGACCAAGCCCAAGAAGGCCCAGCGCAAGCCCGACUCCAAGUGGGACUGGGUCACAAAGGGUGCCGACGUCCAGGCCCUGUGGACCGAGAGCACCGCCGAUGCCGAGAGCCACAGGCUGGUCGGCGGAGACCUCGAGGCCUACAACCUGCGCACCAAGGCCGUCGACCCAUCCAAGCUUGGGGUCGAUACCGUCAAGCAGUACUCGGGAUAUCUGGACGACGAGGCCAACGACAAGCAUCUCUUCUACUGGUUCUUCGAGUCGCGCAAUGACCCCAAGAAGGACCCUGUCGUCCUCUGGCUCAAUGGCGGCCCAGGCUGCUCGUCCCUCACCGGCCUGUUCUUCGAGCUGGGCCCUUCGUCCAUCGAUGACAACGUCAAGGUCGUCUACAACAAACACUCGUGGAACGCCAACGCCUCCGUCAUCUUCCUUGACCAGCCCGUCAACGUCGGUUAUUCUUACAGCAAAGACUCGGUCAGCGAUACUACGGCCGCCGGCAAAGAUGUCUACGCUCUGUUGACUCUGUUCUUCCAACAAUUCCCAGAGUAUGCCAAGCAAGAUUUCCACAUUGCAGGGGAGUCGUACGCUGGUCACUACAUUCCCGUGUUUGCCUCCGAAAUCCUGUCCCACAAGGACCGCAACAUUAACCUCAAGUCUGUGCUGAUUGGCAACGGUCUGACGGACCCCUACACUCAAUACCCCUACUACCGGCCCAUGGCCUGCGGUGAGGGUGGCUACGACGCUGUUCUCAGCGAGAGCGAGUGCCAGUCCAUGGAUAAUGCCCUGCCUCGCUGCCAGUCCAUGAUCAGCUCGUGCUACGAGAGCAAGAGCUGGUUCAGCUGUGUCCCUGCCUCCAUCUACUGUAACAACAACAUCCUCGGCACUUACCAGCGAUCGGGCCAGAACCCCUACGACGUGCGCAUUCCGUGUGAGGGCGGCUCGCUCUGCUACCCUGGCCUCGGAAACAUCGACAAGUACCUCAACAAGAAGGAUGUCAUGGAUGCCCUCGGCGUUGAGACUGUCGAUAGCUACGAUAGCUGUAACUUUGACAUCAACCGUAACUUCCUUUUCAAGGGUGACUGGAUGCAACCUUUCCACCUACUCGUCCCUGGCAUCCUUGAGCAGAUCCCUGUCCUCAUCUACGCCGGCGAUGCAGACUUCAUCUGCAACUGGCUCGGUAACCAGGCUUGGUCCAACGAGCUGGACUGGCCCGGCCACAAGGACUUCAAGAGCACCAAGCUCUCGCCUCUCAAGGCUGACGGCAAGGAGUACGGCAAGGUCAAGUCUUCCGGAAACUUCACCUUCAUGCAGAUAUACGGGGCCGGACACAUGGUUCCAUACGAUCAGCCCGCCGCUGGUCUGGAUUUCUACAACCGGUGGAUUGGAGGUGAAUGGUAUGCGUAAAGCAUCGGCCAAAUGACCUAAAUUGAGAGAUGGACUAGUCUCGUUGUCAGAUUGUUGGGUUGUCGAAUCAAUUUGCAGAACCAUGUACUACAAUAAAGUCUGGGGGAGUUCCCUCCUGUGUUAGCGUUAUCAGAAUGAAGGUCUCGGUCCUCCAUG